GAACUUUUCCCCGUUCCAUCCCAAAAUUCCAGCGGUUCCAGGGCCUCUCCCGAGCGUCCCCGAGCCGCUUUGACCACCCCCAAAAAAAAAAACCCCAACCCCACCAAAUCCGUGCUGGGAGCUGCCGGGAACACCCCAGGAACACCAGAGAACACCCAGAGAACACCCCAAAGAACACCCAGGAACACCCAAAGAACACCCAGGAACACCCAGGAACACCCAGAGAACACCCAGAGAACACCCUGGAACACCCAGGAACACCCAAAGAACACCCAGGAACAUUCUGAGAACACCCCAGGAACACCCAGAGAACACUCAAGGACACCCAGGAACACCAAGGGACACCCAGGAACAUUCCGAGAACACCCAGGAACACCCAAAGAACACCCAGGAACACUCAAGAACACCCAGGAACACCCAAAGAACACCCUGGAACACCCAGGAACACCCAAAGAACACCCUGGAACACCCAGGAACACCCAAAGAACACUCAAGAACACCCAGGAACACCAGAGAACACCCAGGAACAUUCCGAGAACACCCAGGAACAUUGUGAGAACACCCAGCAAUAUCCAAAGAACACCCAGGAACACCAAAGAACACCCAGGAACACCCCAAGAACACUCAAGAGCACCCCAGGAACAUUCCAAGAACACCCCAAGAACACUCAAGAACACCCAGGAACACCAAGGAACACUCAAGAACACCCCAGGAACACCCAAAGAACACCAAGAAACACUCAAGAACACCCCAAGAACACUCAAGAACACCCAGCAACACCAAAGAACACCCCAGGAACACCCCAGGAACAUUCCGAGAACACCCAGGAACACCCUGGAACACCCAGGAACACCCCAGGAACAUUCCGAGAACACCCAGGAACACCCCAGGAACACCCAGCAACACCCAGCAACACCCCAAGAACACCCCAGCAACACCCCCACGCCGCGGGGGAACCCCGGGGCGCCUCAGGCUGAGGCCUGGGCCCCGUUUUGGGGCUGUCGGUGCCGUUGGGGUGACUCUCGCUCCGCCUGUGCCGCAGGGGCCGCUCGGAGCAGCCGCGGGUAAGAGGAGCCCCCCAAAAAAAGUGGGGCCCAAAGGACUUUUUUGCCCCCCCCCAGAGCAGCUGUAAGUAGCCCCUGGUGUUGUUUUUUUUUUUGUCUCCCCCCCCCUCUCUUUCUUUCCCCUUUUUCUCCUCUUUUUCCACCCGAAAAUGAAGCGCCCGAGGAGGGAGGAGUUUGCCAAAAUUUAAAAAAUUAAAAAAAAACCAAAAACCCCAGGAUUUUGUGGCUCCCCCCCUCCCCAAAAAGCCUGGGUUUGGUCCUGGGGGCUCGUUAGCGCCGUAAUUAGUGAUCGGUGGGGUAAUUAACAACCCGCGGGGGGGUC